UCGCUUUCUAACUUUCUUGUUGAUCGAACUCAACUCAUUCGUCAAAACGGGUCUACCUCUGAGGAUGCUUGGGUUGGGCGCGGUUCGCUUGCGAGCCGAUAUGAAUCGCUUGCUUUCCUUAUUAUUCCACCAGGGAGUCCUGGAUGAGCAUUUCUUGCAACUCCAGCAGCUCCAAGACGAGACCUCUCCCAAUUUCGUCUCCGAAGUCGUCAACAUCUACUUCCAUGAGUCUGAAAAGCUCUUAAGGAAUCUUAGAGGAAUGCUGUCGGAUAGAGAAUUCUCAGACUAUAAGAAGAUGGGAAUCCAUUUGAACCAGUUCAUGGGGAGUAGUUCAAGCAUUGGAGCCAAGAGGGUCAGAAAUGUAUGUGUUGUCUUUCGCUCUGCUUCCGAGCAAAACAACAGAGCUGGAUGCUUGAGAGCUUUGGAGUUGUUGGAACAUGAAUACUGUUAUCUGAAGAAUAGAUUACACGAACUGUUCCAAAUAGAACAGCAACGAGUGAUGGCAGCUGGAGUUUGGUAUCCCAUGCAGGAUUGAGAUCGACAAGUCGAUACUGAUAGAUUGUGUUUGAGAUUCGUGAAAUCUUUUUGUAGUUUCAGGCUUUCAGAAGAAACUCAAAUAAACCUCAAGUCUUCAA